ACCACAGUGGAACAAUGGUGCUGGACAAAUGCCCUCGCUUGUACAAAGAGCAGAGCAGGGGCUGCUUGGAGGAGCAGUUGAGGGAAGCUUUGAGAAGACUUGCAAGUGGUCCCAGGCUCGCAACUUCUAUACGUUUGUGGUUAGUUCUGUCAUUUUUUGAAGGCCAGUUUGACAGCAGGGAAGAGUGUCAAAGUAGCGCUUGCCUGGGUCGGCACGGAUGAUCGUUUGGCCGUGUGCUCGCGCUGCGUAGCAAGCAAAGUUGGGGGCACUCGAUCCGAGGUGUGUCGAGUUUUGUUUGAAAGUCAGCAACAAGCCGACUGCAGGGAGCCAGUGUCGUCGGUUCCGGCUCCAGACUCGCGGAUGUGAUGCAUUGCACUGCAACCUUGGGAGAGUGAACACAACAGUGCCUGUCCAGUGUGGGCAUCAUGACUGCUGCUCAUUUUUCAGAAUGGGUGACAUUUGAUGAAGAGCCUGGGGUCCCAGAGUGGGAGAAAGUCUCUUCCUCGGAUGCUAAUCAAUGCAGGGCUAACAUUGCAAAUGGAAUUGUCAAUUCUGCAUUUGACUCGCACUGCUUAGAGGGGGAAUCUGAGAUACGUAGCUACGUCACUGAUUCUUUGAAUGAGCCGCUCAAUAGUGAGACAACCUCUUCGCCAGAAUGUACAACCAUUUCUGAGUAUGAAUCGGAGCUGUACACUCCACUGCAUCCAACAAAUCCUUUUUUGACGAAUCUGCUUGAGCCAGCGCAGACAUCACCAGUUAACCCUUUUCAUUCAUACUGUGAGCACUUGGAAGAUGUAAUUUCAAAACCUUCAGGGGAAGGAGACUGGGGAAAUAACCUCUACUCAUCAUCAGUCACGUGCUUUCCCACUAACGAGGUUGAUGAAACCAAGCGAAGCUCCGGCUUCUCUGAUGGAACGAGCAGCCAGAUAAGUUCAGUGGAGUCUGGCCAUCAAGAAGAAUGUGCCGUGAAGCCGACGCAGAGUCAUGGCGUAGACUCUCAAAGCCUCAAUAAUCUACCAUGCUCUUCUGCUGUUGUGUCAUCGCUGUGCGUGCAUUGCCCCGACUAUGUCGCUCAGAGUGAGGGUUGGCAUCUAAUGCUGCGGAUCCCUGAACGGAAGAGCAAGAUGUCAUCUCGACAAUGGGGACCCGUCUAUCUUACUCUCAAGGAUGGGCUGCUGCAGUUCUACUACGAGAAAGGCUUAGAGAAGCCUUUUAAAAAGUUCACGUUGCAAAUUGGCCAUGAGCUUUCCGAAUUUAGACUGGAGCAUUUUAACGAGCUUGGCAAAAUUCACACUCUACGAAUCGAGGCCGUUGCGUACAAAGAGAAGCGUAAAUUCCAGGCAAAGCCAACGCUCUUGUUUGCUGACAACAGGUCUGAGCUGCUGAAACUUGGCACGACCGAUUACGGUGACUUCACCAGUUUCGUGCAGUCGGUACAGGACGAGCUGAUGAGGCUGCCAUGUCCCGUGGAAACAGACGUGGCAUAUAUGGAGGAUAUGAUGCUGGUGGAGGUCUUUGAUGAAUUUCAGGGCAUUCUGAGUGUGGAUAAUGACCUCGUACAACAUGCAGUUACUACACAUAUUCAAACGGUUGCCUUUAUUUCUGGAAAUCAUGAUUGCUGCCUCGACUUUCACAAUUGCCACACAAAUUCGACGGAAACUGCGUUCACCGAGAUUGACAGCAUGGCUUUCUAUGGCUAUCAAUUCCAUUCCUGUACCAAAAUUGUAGAGUUCAACACAUCCAAAAUGGUUAAAUUCACCCCGCCAGAUGCUUGCAAGAUUGAGCUGAUGCGAUUCCGCACAAUUUUCCCAGAAAAGGGGCUCCCGUUUCUGAUAAAAACCAUAGCUACUGUUCAAGGAGCCUUUAUCGAGCUGCAGUCUUGGCUGGUGAUGUCAACAGAGUUCUCAUCAAAUCAGAGCCCCCACCUGCUUGUCCCAUGUGAGAAUGUUAUGGUGCGAUACCCAAUCCCGGCAGACUGGGUAAAAAUCUUCCGCACCGAGAACCUCAUCAAGCAAAAGUCACUGACCGCUAAAGUGAAUAAGAGCGCCAAGUUUGGCAGUGUCAGCUGCACCGGUUCAGAGCCAUUGAUGCAAGUGACCAUCGGAUCUGCAAAAUAUGAACAUGCGUUCAAUGCUAUUGUGUGGCGCAUUGAGAAGCUACCAGAUAGGAAUGUUGCUGCAGAUCAUCCUCACCGCUUCUCGUGUCGCUUGGAGCUGGGAUCAAACAAGGAGCUUCCUUGUGCAUUCUUCCGUUCCGUGGACGUGGAGUUUGACAUGCCAGCGGCGAUGGCUUCCAGGACCGUGGUGGGCUGCGUCAGCUCGCCUGCGAAUCCCAACCUGGCCAAAUGUGUCACCUACAAGUCUCACUUUCACUGCAAGGUGGAAAUGGAGCGAAGGUGGUUGCAUCUGGGAGAUACUGAUGUGGAAGAAAGACCUGCAGCAUGUGCACUGCAGUGAAGGCAAUAAUGACUAUUGAUAACGGAUUGAAUAGCAGCAGGACUCUCUGAAGCCGAACAUCAAUGCAUCACAAAAGUCAUACAAAAGGCAUGGGGUAAUGCCACGUGGGUCGAGGGCCUCAUUUUCCACUUCAACUAAUUGAGGCCUAAUGACCCCUGAAGCCAUGUGAUAGAGAUGUAUCAUACCUUGAUGCGUGUGAUUUACACUCCAUUAAACCUGAGCGAGUUGUUUUGUCCCUCUGAACACCCCCACAUUUUUCAAGAAAAAGCCAUAAAAUGUGACCUCGUAUUUCUUUUAUUUUUCUUCCAUACUUCCUCUGCUAAGGUUUGACCAGAUGUGUUGUUCACCAAAGUUUGCUUCGGCUCUUGUGAAGUGUCAACAGGGAAACUAAACUCAGCGAUCUCUAUUGAUUGAACACAAACUCACAGUGUGACACAUCCUUGGAUAGGUCUCCCUGUUCACACACCAUUACAUUUUUAUAGAAAAUCACAGUCACCCCUGAAAGUUAAAGAUGAGGAUCAUAAAACAUUUGAGUCAUCCCCAUAUAGUUGCUAAGGGAACAACAUGUAUGAUUGAUGUAUGUAUGUUGAAUUUAAAUUGUUUGAUGCUGUAUUUAUCAGUUGUGUAUCAUUUGUGAAUGCAUUGCAUUACAUGAAUAUCUUCCAAAAUCUAAAUGGAAAAUGUAACAUUACAGUAGUUCAAAUUGAAUUUUAAUGCAAUUUCUUUUUGUUGUUGACAGGGCUUAAUUUAUCAUAGAAUAAUUCUCUGGAACUCACAACCCCCUUUAGAAGGGGGGGGAGGAGGGAGUGGAUGAAUAUUUUCCAGUGCAGAGCUUCAGUUAGAAUUAAGCCCUGGUUGUUUAUGACUAAAUACAAUGUGGAGUAUAAGUAGAAUGUGAGACUAUAAUCCAGUGGAGCAGAACAGCUCUGUUGUACAAUACUGUGUACUGCAUGGGAAUUUGCUAUCUAUUCACUUGAGGGUAAAAAAAGGGAUACGAUGAAUCACCACCUCCAGGGUGCAUAGAGCAUCUGUAGUGACUGUACACUUUUUUGUGGAUGAAACAAAAAAAACUCGCUGCAUACUAUUUGGAAAUUUAAAGAAACAGUUUUUGCAUGUACCAAUAACAAUGUAAAUCUUUUCAUUGCUACAUCCCCAUUGAAUGUUUUUUUUAUUAAGUUCUGUAUAGGAGCAUCUUUUCCUCACGUGGCAGAUAAUAUUCGUGAAUGCCAUCAUAGUCAAUUAUAUUACGAUUAUGCAUUGGAGAACAACUUCCACUUAUCUGAGGUGAUUUUUGGAUGAAGAUUUCUGAUCUCAAUGAUCUGCAAUGCUACCUUCAAAUCUACUUUACUUGUCCACAGAGGGCUGCAAAUGAGUGUAUUUUUGUUGUUGAUAAUAGGGUCCACAGAUUAUAGGAAUUACAGAUAAUAGGGUCACAUAUAAGAGGAGUCCUACUCUUGAUCCUCAACCAAGUAUUGGCCACGGCUUGUAAUUUCAACCCGUUGAAGUAAAUAUUCACGAGACCUCCUCGUUUUGCUGUGUGCUUGCUCUGGUUAUGACCUGCAUGCGCUUCUAACCAGGCAAGUGUUAUUUACACAUCGUCACACUCAAUUAAUGUGUGCUCGUUUUUAUAUAUAUGUGCUGUAAUUUAUUUGUGGUCAGUGUAAUCUUUCUUUGAAAUGUAAUUUUUCGAAGAGUGCACGCAUUUUUUUGCAUGUGUAUUCUUUACAAGUAUUUUCUGUACACAAUUCUAGUCGUGAUGAGCACAGGUCUAGUGGUGAUUAUUGAUGGCAAGUACUCGAUCGUAAUGGAUUUUUGGUGAUGUUUAGUACAAAGGAAUACUCUGUAUGGCAAUGUCGUGUUAACGGAGAGUUGUUGAUGUGGCAACAGUGGAUUCAUCCUUCAGAAUGCAAACUCAAGACUUCCCUUCUCUGUGUCACUCUAUUUCCUGUUUGUAUUCUCAGUUAUACCCUUUAGCCAUUUCUUCCUCAAACCACAUACAGUACAAGCCUGCUGCUCACCCUCUUCUGUUUAAAAAAAAAAUAUUUUGUCUUUCAUAUUUUUAUUGUAAUUUUUAUUGUGGGUUUUCCUUUUAUUAUCUUCAAUUUUUUUUUUCUAUCUACGUGACUUUACCGAAAGAAAACCUCGUUCCUGAUUGCCAUUCGCCAUGGCUUCCACACCCACAUUUAUGUGCUUUACUACCCUCUGCAGCCUGUUGAAAUUGACCAUACAAUAUAUUUAGCCACCUUAUCCAAAUCUAUGCCUUCGUGAUGUGUAUUGAUGCAGUUUAGUAUUGAGUGGUUUAUUUUAAAACCAUUAUAAUGUCAUGAUUACAGUAUUCAAUGCAGUCUAGUGCAUUGAAUAUAUUGAGAGAACAAAAGGCUGAAUCAAAUGUUUUGACUUGUAAAAUUAUGAGCACGGGAAAGUGGAUAACGUGCAAAAAUUAGGACAUUUGAACAACUGGUUGCAACUGAGAGGAGUAUCCAAUGCAAAGCUGUUGAGUAAUAUCACGGACAGAACUAAAUUGAACAAAGGUCACACUCGCCGACGUCUUUAAGAAAGGGCACAGCACAGAGCAGUUUAGUGUGGGCUACACAAGUGAUACACACAACCGAUUUCAAUGGUUCGUUAUUUUUGUAAGCCCUAAUGGGGCAAGAGCAAAUUAAUCGUUGUUACACAUGAACUAUCUGGCCGGUGUCAUUACCUGGUGAGCUAAAGCUGAUCCACUAAAUGUGUCCUUAACUCGUUAACUAGAGAAAACUCUUAAACCACCCCACUCUCACCCAGCACCUGAGCGGGUUGUGUUUGAGGGCAUUCUAGCCAUGUGUAGUAUAUAGUCCCAUCAUGGCUUGGCUUCGCGAACGAAGAUCUAGGAAGGACAUCCACGUCUUCUGCAGGCACGCUGGUGGCUGAAGAGGCCUAUGCGGGACAAGCAGGUCCUGCCACAACAGCUGCAAUAAAUACAGUAUAUAGUAUACUGUAUUUAUUGUCAAAGUUAUCACUUAUUACAAGAGCAUGCUGCUUAGUGCUCAUUAAUUUGUACAGACGUAGAAGACGCCGUUGCAUUGUUUUCAAGAGAAUCGUAUUAUGGUAUUGUUCAAUGUAAUUUUCCACGGUUUAAAAAAAGGUAAUUUUAGACGUUGAAUUAUUUUAAGGAUAAUUAUCAAAUAUACUUAAACAUCAGUUAUUGUAUACAUAUAUUACUGUAUAAAAAUAAAUGAGCCGACAGUAGUGUACAUUUAUAUGUCAAAAAACAACACGAAAUACAUAUUUGCCAGAGCUCAUCCCUGGACAGCUCUGGCUGAAGUUAAUCCCUGGUUAUAACACAGUCGUGUAUAGAACAUAGUCUAACACACUAGUGAUUGUUUUAUUUAGUUAAAUACAGAUUUGUUUUAAGCAAUAUUAACACAACAGCAGCACAUCAUUAUUUGCAAAAAAACAGCUCUUAACAAUGCCAUUUGUUAAAUGGAAAUGUCUUGAAUUAAUCCUGCAUCCUUUUUCAUAUACACGGUGGAUUUAAGUUUUUAGAAAACUAAACGCCGUUCAUUAGCCUUCUAAUUAAUGUUAGAUCUUACAAUGUACUUUCCUCAAAGGAAAUAGGUUUUGGAAUAUGCGUUGAGUAAAGUUUGUACUUUAUUCAGAAAAAUGAAAGUGUUAACAUUUUCAACGACGAGAUGUGUUAUUUCAUUAAAACUUUACAUUGAUUUUUUUAGUUUUAAAAAUGCACAGGUAAGUUGUGCGCAUUGACAGUUUCCUAUCGGUAAUGUGGUAAACAGAUCAAUAAACUAAUUUAUCGCAAUGCAGUACCUACUAAUAAAGGUUUCCCUGUUU